AGAGAGAGAGAGAGAGAAGAGAGUAUUGGUAUGUAGUGUGGUCCAGCGGAGUCUAUGGCUGACCGACUUUGAGAGCAGCCGUAUCAGAUAAGGAUAGAGAGAGAAAAAAGAGUGUUUGAGAAACAAUAUUAUUCUCUCCAGCCUCCAUUUUCCCUUUGGUUUUUUCUCUACUACUUUUAUUUUUCUUCUAAGCUCUAGCUAAUUGUGUAAAAGGAUUUACCAGAGAAGAGUCAAUAUCUCUAUAGAGUACUUAAAACCCAAGUUCAAUUAUCUGGGUUUUCUUUGUUUUACUCAAUUCAGUGUUAGUAUCUAUUGUCAAGCAGUACUAUAUAUUCUCUGAGAUAAUUUCUUUCUUUAAUUGUGUAAUCUCUUGUUGUGCUUUAGUUUUUCUCCUUUUGGUAUAUCUAGCUUCCCAUUUCUAGCAAAGUCUAUCCAAUCUUGUACUAUUUGAGCUGAGUUCUUAUUCUUAUAUAUAUAUAUAUAUAUAGUUGCCGAUCACUAAGAUGAUAUCUGAAGAUGAUCUUUCAGUUAAUCCCAGCUCCACCAUCAGUAGAGGGUUUGCUCAAGAACCAAAUCCAAACCCUAACCCUAACCCUAAUACAAAUCCCUCAGCCAAGAAGAAAAGAAAUUUACCAGGAAAUCCAGAUCCAGAUGCAGAAGUGAUAGCGUUGUCCCCAAAGUCUCUCAUGGCGACGAACCGAUUCCUUUGCGAGAUUUGCAACAAGGGUUUUCAAAGAGACCAGAAUCUACAACUACACCGACGAGGACACAACCUUCCAUGGAAGCUCCGGCAGAGAUCAAACAAAGACGUUAUUCGGAAAAAGGUCUACGUUUGUCCUGAGAAGACCUGCGUGCACCAUGACCCUUCUCGAGCUCUCGGUGACCUCACCGGAAUAAAAAAACACUUCAGUCGAAAACACGGCGAGAAGAAGUGGAAGUGUGAGAAGUGUUCCAAAAAGUACGCUGUUCAAUCUGAUUGGAAGGCUCACACCAAGAUUUGUGGGACUAGAGAGUAUAAAUGUGAUUGUGGAACACUCUUCUCCAGGAAGGAUAGCUUCAUAACACACAGAGCUUUCUGUGACGCAUUAGCUGAAGAAAAUGCUCGUUUCGGUACUACAGCAAUCCCAACUACUAAUAUUCUUCCCAACUUCAUCAACAACAAUAUCAAUAAUCCUCAAACGAUUGCCGCUGCCGGCAGAAUGGCACAUCCUCAGCUCUCGCCUAUCUUUCCGCCCGAAUUCGGCUCCGAAUCAAUGAACAGUUUCGGUACUAAUAGUAGUGCCGCGGGAGAAAUUAGGUCAAGGCUGCCGGUGUGGCUAGACCCCGCGAAUUCACACCAUCAACUCAGCUCCAAUAACAACACUCCUUUCAUGACCACGGCCACCGCUGGAAACUCCCCCGGUGGCUUUUCUGAAGUACUGUUGCAAACCGCAGCUACCUCCGCCAAUAUGUUCGGCCAACAGCCUCCUCAUCAUCAGUGGUUCAACAAGUUUUCAGCUCACGAUCAUCACCAUGCCGCGACCACUUUUCCAGCCAUGUCAUCAUUGCCCAGAGGAUUAAAAGAAGAGGAAGAAUCCAAAGGAAACAAUAACAACAGUACGACUACUACUACUACUACUAAUAAUAAUAUUAGUCUUUCGGAGAGUAUGACAUCUUCUUCUCUGCUUCCAAACAAUCAGAACCUCCAAUUACAAGGUCCAGCACACAUGUCAGCCACUGCUCUUCUCCAAAAAGCAGCUCAAAUGGGAUCCACUAGAAGCAACCCUACAUCUUUCAAUGGCAGCGCCUUUGGUUUGAUGAGCUCAUUAUCGUCAUCUAGCUCCCACAAGCAAGUGCUGUUCAGGCAACCGGUCAACCAUCAGUCAACGGCUGAGAAUAACUUCAAUGACUUAGUCAACUCUCUCCAAGCUUCUUCAGAUAAUAAUAAUAAUACUAAUAUUAGUGACAGUAAUAAUAACAAUGGGCCUGCAGUUUUGUCGAGCCCAUCAUCGUUCAAGAGUUUGGAUCAGUUCAGUUUGAAGCAAGUCCCAGCCCAACCCUCAUCGGCUACUACUACAACUACUAUUACUAAUGAAAACGAUGAGCACAGUUUAACCAGAGAUUUUCUUGGAGUUGGAGGUGAUGGUCAUAUUCAUGGGAGUGGUUCCAAUUUCUUUCAACAAGAGCUUGCCAAGUUUGCUUCAAUGGGUUCGGCCAUGAACUUGAGCCAGUACAAUGGGCAUCAGUAGGCAUAAUAAAGACAAGCACAUAAAAGGUAAUAAUUCACAAUUAGGCCCUUCUGUUGUACUACUAUGUACAAUAACCAUUAAUGUCGAGAAAAAAGAAAAGUAGCUAGUUUUGGAUAGAACACAAUACCAAAUUGGAGGAUUACAAUUAUUAGGAGCUAGGGGAAAAAAAAGAAGAAAAACAAAAUAUCAUGCUGAGUUAGACUCUAAAAGCGGGCGAGUCAACUCACUUAUAUAGAGAGAGAUAAGUAUAGAGAUCUCGUGAAUGGUCAGAGAUAGAGAGGUCUGGGCCAGUGCAUGUUGGAGAAGACUAAACAAAAAGAGACUUGGCAAUCAAGCGUGAGUCUUCGGGGGCCCUCUAUCCAUGCAUGUUGUAGAUUUUUUUUUUUAAAUUUUACUUUUGUGACAUUUUUACUUUUCCUUGACGUUGAUAAAACCUAGUGUGUCAUACUCGGCCAGUGACAUUUUUGUCAUGGCUCAUUCUCCUAGUAGUAGUAGUAUCGUCUUCAACGACAUUUUCCACCUCAACUUAUAAUAAAAUUAUUCUCAUGCAUGUGUGUGUGGGCUCCGUAUUCCUCACUAAUUAAUAUACAAUUCUAUUUCUAUGCC